AUGACAAGUGCUUAUAACCACUCCUUUUUGGGCCUGGUCUUUUUAUCACUUUCUAUUAUUCACUCAGAAUCCACUUCAAAUGUUUACAUUGUUUAUUUAGGGCUCAACAAUAUUCAAGAUCCUAUUCUAACUUCAAAUUACCAUCUUCAACUCCUUUCCAAUGUCUUUCCAAGCCAAGAACAUGCAAGGAAAUCUAUGGUUUAUAGCUACAAACAUAGUUUCUCAGGAUUUUCUGCAAAAAUUAACUCAACACAAGCAGCCACCUUAGCUGGAAUGGAACGAGUGAUAUCAGUGUUCAAGAGCAAGAUAUUAAAGUUACACACAACUAGAAGUUGGGAUUUCAUGGGUCUCAAUUUAGACCCCAUUGGUGAUCAAGUAACUCCACUUCAACUAACUCAUGGAGACAACGCAAUUGUUGGCUUAUUCGAUACUGGAAUCUGGCCAGAAUCUAAGAGCUUCCAUGAAGAGCCUAACAUGCAUCCAAUUCCAAAAACUUGGAGAGGAAAAUGUGUCAAUGGAGAAAAUUUCGAUCCUAAAAAAUCUUGUAACCUAAAACUCAUUGGGGCCCGUUAUUACCUCAAAGGAUACGAACUAGAACACGGAUUACUAAACACAACUGGAAGCUCAGAAUAUCAAUCACCACGUGAUGCUAAUGGUCAUGGGACCCACACAGCUUCGACAGCAGUGGGGUCCACAGUAAAAAAGGCAAGCUUUUUAGGGUUUGGACAAGGGACAGCUAGAGGGGGUGCACCAAGGGCAAGAUUGGCAAUUUAUAAAGUGUGUUGGGAGGAUGGAAAGUGUAGUGAAGCUGAUAUUUUAGCAGCAUUUGAUGAAGCUAUUCAUGAUGGAGUUGAUGUGAUUUCGGCGUCUUUUGGUUCACCACCACCAUUGGUACCCCUUUACAACUCGAGUUCUGAUAUCGGGUCUUUCCAUGCAAUGCAAAAGGGUAUUAGUGUCAUUUUCUCAGCUGGAAAUAAUGGACCCGACCCGUCUCUUGUCCAAAAUGUUGCACCUUGGAGUACGUGUGUAGGCGCUUCAUCUAUUGAUCGAAAUUUUCCAACACGAAUAUUAUUGGAUAAUAGUCUCUCUUUCAUGGGAGAAAGCUUAAAUACUAAACACAUAGAAGCAUAUUUGGUUGGAGCUCGUAUUUUUUUCCGUGGAGGGAUAUGUAGAAUGAGUAGGUGGCGAAACAACAAUGCAUUUGGGGCAGUGAUCUUGUGCUUCUCAACCCCAGGAUCAGUGCUAAUUGAAGAGGCAGAAGUAGCAGUGUGGGGUGCGAAUGCCACAGGAUUGAUCUUUGUAGACUCGCCUACUCGACAAUAUGUUGAUGUGGAUAUAAUCCCCACCAUCCGUGUUGACAUGAUCCAAGGCACUAAAAUGGGACAUUAUUUGUCUCAAAGCAUGAUGUAUCCCCCUAAGGUGCACAUAUUUCCAAGUAAGACGAUUAUCAAACAAACACCAGCACCGGUUGUUGCGGAUUUUUCAUCUAGAGGCCCAAGCUCAAUUUCACCCGAUAUUCUAAAGCCAGAUAUAAGUGCUCCUGGCAUCACUAUAUUAGCAGCAUGGCCACCUGGAAUACCUCCAACUUCAACAAGUAUUGAUCAAAGAUCUGUAGAAUGGAACUUUCAAUCAGGAACAUCAAUGUCAUGCCCUCAUGUUUCAGGAAUAGUUGCUCUUAUCAAAUCACUACAUCCAAAUUGGUCUCCAGCAGCGAUUAGAUCUGCUUUAAUGACAACAGCCUACAACAGGGAUAUGAAUCAUGACACCAUAUUAUCUGGUGGAACAAAUGAAGAAUCUAAUCCUUUUGAUAUAGGAGCUGGACACAUUAAUCCCUUGAAAGCAAUAGAUCCAGGUUUGGUUUAUGACUUAAAAGCUGAUGAUUACAUUCUUUUCUUAUGUAACAAUGGCUACACUGAAGAUCAAAUCAAGAGAAUCAUCAGUCUUGUUCCUGGGAAAAAUGUAAAUUGUCCGAAAGAAAUGACGAGCAACACGAAUUUGAAUUACCCAUCUAUCACAAUCUCGAGUCUUGAAUCCAGUGUUAUUAUCAAAAGAACAGUUCGAAAUGUAGGUGGGAGGAAAACAAGUGUAUAUUUCGGAAGAAUUGUUAGUCCUCAUGGGGUGGAGGUUACAGUUUGGCCGAUGAUCUUGUUUUUCUCGUAUUUCAGAGAUGAAGUUUCAUAUUAUGUGACUUUUAAACCACGGAAGGUGUCGCAAGGAAGAUAUGAUUAUGGUGAGAUUGUUUGGUCUGAUGGGUUUCAUACAGUUAGGAGUCCAUUGGUUGUGUGUGUUAACAUUGUAACUCCUGAUACCACCAUUGAUGACUCUUUUCAAGCUCUUGAUCAUGAAUCAUUGUCUCUUUCUCUUUCUGGUGCUUAG